UUCCUUCUUCCCCUUAUCUUUCAAUCUUCUUCCUCUUCCAUUCAUCUCCGGCGAGGGAAUUAGAGAGGCGAAAACACAGAGAUGGGAAACUGCCAAGCCGUUGAUGCUGCAGCCUUGGUGAUACAGCAUCCCUGCGGGAAGAUAGAGAGGAUGUAUUGGCCAGUCACGGCCAGUGAGGUGAUGAGAAUGAAUCCUGGUCAUUAUGUUUCUCUGAUCAUUCCAUUGCCUGUCUCCACUGAAGAGAAUCAGGAUCAGAAAACUGUCAGAUACACCCGGAUUAAGCUUCUCCGGCAGAGUGAUACUCUUGCCCUUGGUCAUGCUUAUCGGCUUAUCACUUCUCAAGAGGUUAUGAAGGUCGUGAGAGCAAAGAAGUAUGCAAAGGUAAAGGCACAGCAGCUUAAUUCGGUAGAGAAGUUGCAGGAAGCACCUAAGAAUCAAAUUUCAGGGUUUGAGUCAGGAAUAAAGUCUAACAUGGAGAAGAACUCUCAGGUAAUUCUCUGAGAACCAUAUAUAUCAGCAUAAAAUCGACCAAUCUGGAUAUUAUUUUACAAAAUAAAUUUUCAAAAAGCUU